AUGGACAAACGCAAGAUGCUGCCAAAGAGAGCGCGCAUGGAUAGCAUGCGGGGUCCCAUCGCUAAUGGACCACUGCAGUCGAGGCCCCUUGUGGCGUUGCUCGACGGUAGAGACUGCACCGUCGAGAUGCCGAUACUGAAGGACGUGGCGACCGUAGCCUUCUGCGACGCGCAGUCCACGUCCGAGAUACACGAGAAGGUGCUGAACGAGGCGGUCGGCGCGCUCAUGUGGCACACCAUCAUACUCACCAAGGAGGACCUGGAGAAGUUCAAGGCGCUCAGGAUCAUCGUGCGCAUCGGCUCCGGGGUCGACAACAUUGACGUCAAGGCCGCCGGCGAGCUGGGCAUAGCUGUGUGUAACGUGCCGGGCUACGGCGUGGAGGAGGUGGCCGACACCACCAUGUGUCUCAUACUGAACUUAUACAGACGGACGUACUGGCUGGCCAACAUGGUGCGCGAGGGGAAGAAGUUCACAGGGCCGGAGCAGGUCCGCGAGGCGGCGGCCGGCUGCGCGCGCAUCCGCGGCGACACGCUGGGCAUCGUGGGGCUGGGCCGCAUCGGCUCGGCCGUGGCGCUGCGGGCGAAGGCCUUCGGCUUCAACGUGAUCUUCUACGACCCCUACCUGCCCGACGGCAUCGAGAAGUCGCUGGGGCUCACCAGGGUCUACACGCUGCAGGACCUUCUAUUCCAGAGUGACUGUGUGUCAUUGCACUGCAGCUUAAACGAACACAAUCACCAUCUUAUUAAUGAAUUCACUAUCAAACAAAUGCGUCCAGGCGCGUUCCUGGUGAACACGGCCCGCGGCGGGCUGGUAGACGACGAAGGUCUGGCGGCGGCUCUCAAACAGGGACGGAUCCGGGCGGCGGCGCUAGACGUGCACGAGAACGAACCCUUCAACGUGUUCCAGGGUCCGCUGAAGGAGGCUCCCAACGUCCUGUGCACGCCUCACGCCGCCUUCUACUCUGACGCGUCAGCUCAGGAGCUGAGGGAAAUGGCCGCUUCAGAGAUACGACGGGCCAUCGUGGGACGCAUACCUGACUGUCUGCGGAACUGUGUCAAUAAGGACUACUUCCUCGCGGGCGCCGCGCCGGUGCUGGCGCCGCCUCCGCCCAUCGCAGCUCCUCAACCGCCCGCGCCCGCCUAUACUGAAGCGGGUAUGAACGGCGGCUACUACGGCGGCGGAGGCGCGCAGGCCGCUCACUCCACGACGGCUGUACACGAGGCGCCCGCGCUGCCGCCGCAGACCGCGCCGCAGGCCCCGCCUCAACCGCCCAUCACGCUACCGAUCAACACGUCGGACCCGGCCAACCAUCAGCUAAAGCAGGAGAGCUCGGACGUUCACUAA